GUCACCCAUGUGUUAGUCUGGCACGUGGUGGUGCAGAGGAAGAUAUUUUUAUAAAUCACGUCGUUUCACUUGAAUUGACGGGUUUAAAAUCUGCUGAGCAUCAUGUCUACUGAACUGGCUCUCCUGAGUGUGUCUGAUAAGACGGGACUGCUGGAGUUUGCGAAGCGACUGGUGUCUGUCGGUUUGUCGUUGGUGGCGUCGGGUGGAACAGCUAAAGCGUUGAGAGAUGCAGGACUCUCAGUCCGAGACGUAUCGGAACUCACUGGUUUCCCUGAAAUGCUUGGUGGUCGGGUGAAAACCCUUCAUCCUGCUGUUCAUGGAGGAAUUUUGGCCAGGAACAUCCCGUCUGAUAAAGCCGACAUGGACAAACUCAACUUCAGUCUCAUCAGAGUGGUGGUGUGUAAUCUGUACCCGUUUGUGAAGACGGUCGCGUCUCCCACCGUGACGGUUCCUGAUGCGGUGGAGCAGAUUGAUAUCGGCGGUGUCACUCUCCUCCGCGCCGCUGCCAAAAACCACGCCCGGGUCACGGUGGUGUGUGACCCAACCGACUACGAGCUGGUGGUGAAGGAGAUGGAGUCGUCCACCGAGCACGACACCUCCAUCGAUACGCGCAAAACCCUGGCGUUGAAGGCGUUCACACACACGGCUCAGUACGACGAAGCCAUCGCUGAUUAUUUCCGGCGUGAGUUCAGCGGCGGAGUCUCUCAGCUGUCCCUGCGCUACGGGAUGAACCCACACCAGAGUCCCGCACAACUCUACACACUCCGCCCUGCGCUGCCUAUUAAAGUGCUGAACGGAUCUCCGGGUUUCAUUAACCUGUGUGACGCCCUGAACGCCUGGCAGCUGGUUAAAGAACUGAAGGGUGCCCUGUUGAUGCCCGCUGCUGCUUCGUUCAAGCACGUCAGUCCUGCUGGUGCUGCAGUGGGUGUUGCACUGACUGAGGAUGAGGCGAAGGUGUGCAUGGUGCACGACAUGCUGAAAGACCUCACGCCGCUCGCUACGGCCUACGCCCGCGCCCGAGGUGCGGACAGAAUGUCGUCGUUCGGAGAUUUCGUGGCUCUGUCUGAUCCCUGCGAUGUUCCCACUGCUAAAAUCAUCUCACGAGAGGUUUCGGAUGGAAUUGUCGCUCCGGCUUACGAUGAAGAAGCUCUUCGCAUCCUCUCCAAAAAGAAGAACGGAAAGUACUGCGUCCUGCAGAUGCAUCCGGACUACGAGCCUGACGAGCAGGAAGUGAGGGUCCUGUUCGGCCUGCACCUGAAGCAGAAGCGGAACGACGGCGCCGUCGACAAACGGCUCUUCACCAACGUCGUCUCCGAGGGCGCGCUCUCCGAGGCGGCGCUGAGGGAUCUGAUCGUAGCCAGCAUCGCCGUGAAGUACACGCAGUCCAACUCGGUGUGCUACGCCAGAAACGGGCAGGUGAUCGGUAUCGGCGCCGGGCAGCAGUCCAGGAUUCACUGCACUCGGCUGGCGGGUGAUAAAGCCGAUAACUGGUGGCUGCGGCAUCACCCGCGGGUUCUGGGCAUGAAGUUCCGCGGUAACGUUAAGCGCGCCGAGAUCGCUAACGCUAUCGACCAGUACGUCAGCAAAACCAUCGGGGAGGGACCUGAUCUGGCGGUUUGGGAGGCUCUGUAUGAAGACGUUCCCGCGGCUCUGAGUGAAGCGGAGAGGAAGGAAUGGCUGGGGUCUCUCCAGGGCGUGGCCCUCAGCUCCGACGCCUUCUUUCCCUUCAGAGAUAACAUCGACCGCGCUAAACGGAGCGGCGUGGACUUCAUCGCCGCCCCGUCUGGCUCCACCGCCGACGAGGUGGUAAUUAAAGCCUGUAACGAGCUGGGCAUCACCCUGGUGCACACCAACCUGCGCCUCUUCCACCACUGAUCUCAAACAGCCCUCACAUUCCUGACCGCAGCAGAACCUGCUCUCACCUCCUCCAUCCCAACACCAUCCCAACACCAUCCCAACACCAUCCCAACACCAUCCCGCUCACUGCACUCGGAUCCACGCGACCCCCCACCAUCCUGCGUCAGAGCAAUAAUGGAGGAGUCUGGAUCCAGCUCGAUCUUUCCUUCACUCAGUACAUUCCAUGUUGUGCUCAAAGCAGAUGUCUAGAUUUAAUGUGUUUCAGAUCUGGUCCUGUAGAACAGAUGAUGUUAAUUGAACACUAAAAAUAAUAAUAGUAAUAAAAACAACCUAUUUUUGAAA